UUGACAUUUCAUAAGUUCGUAUAAAGUGAAGAAUGCCUUGUAUCAGCACAUUUCCAUUGAAUUUCACAAUGUUCAUAAAAUAAAACAUUGUUUAAGCGCCGAACCAUAUUCGAUCUAUAUUCGAAAUUGAUAAUAAAAUAGUGAGCAAAGCUGCCAAAGAGAAAUAACAUUCGCUGAAUAAAUUGCAAGUUGCAUUUCACCAAUUUUUGUUUUUGUUGGUUUUUCAAAAUCGUAUCACAUGCAUCGAAUGUUUAGAGACGUAGAAUUUUACAUUUGUUUUUACAACAUACGGAGGUCAUUCAAGUAGUUUAGUUGCCUUUUUGAAAAGUGUAAAAAGUGUGCACGCGUACUCAACAAUAACAACCACACAUUGAAUAUUAUUGGCACGAUCGAUACGCUUGUUGCAUGUUUCAACGAUUAUAUUCCAGUAUCGGUUAAGUUCAUGUGCAAGCAAUCAAUUGAAUUUUGAUAUGGUGAGUGGUGUGUAUUCGAUCUACAAAAAUUAUGGGCAUUUCAUGCGAUUUUGAAGCUGGAAGUAUGGAAAGCGAGAUUAAACCCACAUAUAACAAAGAAUUUAUAAAAUUCAAUGGUCAACAUGUACUGGAUGCAAUACCAGCCAAAACGGCAACAACAAUUUCAACAAAUGAUACAACAAAAACCGAUCCAAUUGCAAAUAUUCCAUCGAUUAAUUCCACCAUCGAUGAUUCAAAAUCAACGGACGAGAUUAUCAAUCUUACAUCACCGGUUUCACAAGAGCCCGAAACAAUUGUCAUCAUUGACGAUGGAGAACGUGAAGAAGGUGAAAUCAUUAAUUCGGACGAAGAUUUUGAAUAUGAAGCCAUUUCAUCUGAAGAGGAAGUCUCUCUGCGACAGAAAAUCGAAGCACUCGAAGCGAAAAAUCGUGAAUUGGAAAAAAUUGCAUCAAUUUCCGCUCGAGGAGGCAUUGACUAUGGAUAUCGACGGUCGCCAAAUUACUACAAAUCACCAACAAUCAUUCGUUCAAAUCAUACAAAAUCAAAUGCAUCAUUGUCUUCCGCUUCAAAUUAUAAAACACUUUCAUUGUCACAUGUUGAAAACAUAUCAUCGGAUGAGGCACAAGUCGUUAAUAUUGAAAAUGAAUUAUCGAGUGUGUUUGACAGCAGCAAAUAUGGUGGUCGAUCGCAUCGAACAAAAAAGGAAAAACGUCAAAGUCGUCGCAAACAACGUUCCGUUGUGAAUGAAAAAGAACGAUGUAUAGCACAUGGUAAGCGUCGUUGCACCGAUGCCGAGUGUUAUCCAAUCGAUGUAAUAAUUGGCCGAAAAAAACGUACAAGCCACAAAUACGAAGAUCGCAAAACGGCCCGUGGAAAAUACUCAAGCGAUUCAGAAGAUGAAUUAUUACGAAAUCGCGAAGAAUUAAAAAUGGCAUUGAAUAUCAUAGAACCGUCGAAUCGUUCAGUAAAUUCGAGUACAUUAUCACAUAAAUUGUCCGCAAUACAAAAUCAUGUUACAUUGGACGAUGGCAAAAAAACCAUAUCAGCAUCAUCAAGUAAACAUCGAAAGCGAAAAACUAUACGAAGUCCCGAACGCCGAAAACGAACACGAUCACGAGAAACUAUGCCAUCAAAACGUAAACGAAUCGAACGAGACCGAAUUGAUUCAUCACGAACGAAAAUUCCACCAAAUCAAGAUAAUAACAAUGAGAAUGAUAUUCAAAUCGAAGAGGAUGAAGUGAUGUCAUUGGAAGAACAAGAGCUACGUUUAAUCGCAUUGAAAUCGGCCGUUUUGAAAAAACAUGAAGCCAGAAAGCGAAAACAAUUGGCAACUCAAUUGAUUGAACAAGUUGUUCGACCGUAUUCACCAACCGAUAGUGUGGUUUUGGUGGCCGAUGAAACUGGUGAACAAUGUAGCAAUGAUUGCAUCGAUUCAGAUAAUAAUAAUAUGGAUAUUAGUCCAAUUAGCUCGCCGGGUAAUCAGUAUCAACCAAUGGACAUGGAUUUGGCCAGCAGCAAUGAGAAUUCAAAGAGUCCCAUUUUUAGCUAUGAAAAACCACAACAAUUUCCACCGUAUGAACAAUUCAUUGAUUGGGGCACGGUUCAUAUUCCAGUGCCAAUUAAUCCAAGCAAUCCAACAUACAUGGACAUUGAUUCGGCCACUGCAGCAUUAAAUCAACCAUUUGACAUCCAAUCACAAUCUGCAUUUUCAUCAAUUUUCGAUACAAUACCAAACGAAGCAGUGACGAUUGAAAAUCGAAUACCAACACCGUUUCAAUCGGAUUCAAAAGAGAAUAAUGCUGUCAAUGCGGAUAAUGAGGAAGAAUUACGUGCCCAAUUGAUUGAACAAAUGCGUAGCACAAAUACGCCCAGUUCAAAUGGUACGAUUGAUGCGAUCGGAAAAAAUGUGACAAAAGAAAAUAGUAAUGAUGAUUCGUUAGAAGAGGAUUGUCUACGAAGUCUAUUGCUUUCGUCCAAGGGUAAAAAAUCGGCCAUUUUGAAGGAAUCAACAAAUGAUUCAACUGUAACGAAAACGUUACCCAAAACUGAUAAAAUUCCAUCCAAUCAAGAUAAAUGCGAUGAUAUGCCAAAGUUAGCACUUAACCUUCGCGAAGCACUUAAACGACUGAAAAAUAAUCAGCAAAAUAAAUUGGCAGCUGCAGCGGCAGCAGCAGCAACGGCGUCUGCGACGACAAUGACUACAACGACAACAGUUGUUCCAGCGACGGACCCAGUUAAGUCGGCCAGCGUUCAGUUGGGUUCAAAACAAAGCGAACAAGUCGACGACAAACUGAUGCAAAACUGUGAUCACAAUGAAAUUCAAAAGACUGCUGUAAAUAAUCAACUCGAUAAAAAUGAAAACGAUGCACGCAAUUCCAAAAUUGUAAUUGAAACACCGGCUGUUGUGCCAUUAAAAUCACUUCAAAAUAUUACGCCCGUUCAAAAUGCUGAAGAAACGGUAUCUACGAUGCCUAGUGAUAUUGUUCAAAAAAUUGAUAAAUUGGCUGUACCGCAAGUGGAUAAAAGUGAUGCGAAAAAGAUGAACGUAGUUAUAGCGAUACCGACAAAAGUAGCUCGACCAACAAAAGAAAUUUUAACAAAAAUCGUUGAGCCUGGCCCAGUGACAAAACAAAAUGUAGUCACAAAACCAAAGGCAAAACCAAAACCCAUUGAACAACCAUUAAGUUUGGCCACAUCCGUAUUAACAAAAAUACCGCCAACAAUAAAUACGACAACGAAUUUAAAUAAAAUCGAGUCAAUCAGAAAGUCAACGGCGUCACCGAUUAUUACAAACUGGACGGCAAAACCGGUGAAAAAACUUAUCAUAUCUCUACAAGACGAUUCAUCUACCGAUGACACGGAUUAUGAUGAUAAAUCGACUAAUAAACAGACUGAUAACGACUCGACAUCACAAUCAAAUGACGUGAAUAACGCAUUCCAAUCUCGACUUGAUCAUUACUUGCAAAUUUUCCGAGAAAGCACCACCACCAAGCAAGAAACCAAGCCAUCAGUCAAGUUACCAGCAUCUCCAAAUAAUGAAACAGUCGAAAAAACUACAAAUUCUACCCCAAAAACACAGAAUGUCGAACCACCAAAAGCGGUUGCUCUUUUGCCAUUGUCAAGCCAAAUGGAGUAUCAUCGUUUGCAGAAUCGUAUAAAAUUGUUGGAAAAACAAAAGGAUCAAAAAUCACGAAAACGACAAACGUCUAUAACAAGCGUGAACGUACCAACGAGUAAACCGGAAUCGAAUUUCCCGAGUUUGACAGUUGUUGUUCAAAAUGACAAUCGCUUUAUUCAAACAAAUAAAACAUCGGAAUUGGAAGAUGUUACAAAAUCACCGGUUGAAGUGAUCAAAAUACCAACGGUGAUCAAAGUAUCAACAACUAAAACUCCAACAGUCACUUCGCUGGCGAAAAAGGUAUUGGUGAAAAAUGCAAUGGCACAAGCAACAGAUGCCAAUGCCAAAAUAUCAACAGUAAAAAGUGCUGCAACAACAUCAACGACUCCAAUGCAAAUAGCUACACCACCAGAGCAAACGGUUGCAUCUACUUCUGCUGAUAUUGUUCUCACCACCCAAUCAAAACCAGUUCCAUCGACUGGCAAUACAAUUACUAAAAAGGCGCCCACUAUGACGGCCACUACUUUAGCCAACUAUGUCGUUCGAUACAAAAAUUACGGGGAACAAUAUUUAAACGGUCUUACAAAAUUACAUCGAUUGACAUGUCGGACGCAUCUUGAAACGAGAAAACAACAAAAACUCGAAGAUGUUUUAGAUAAUCUGAGGCGACAAACAAUACUUGUUGAAAAAAAAUUAACACAACAAAAAACAGUGACCAAAAGUUUCUAUCCAUCUAUAGCGGCCACGGAGAAGGCAAUCACAGCGGAUCGUUCAAUGAUGUUGAAAUUGGAAAGUCUCUGCAAUCGUGUCGGAAACAUUGUCAAUGGACCAGAUUACAAAAUUCAGUGUGAAAAAGCAGCCGAAAUUAAAGAAAAACUAAAGCAAAUCGCUCUUGAAAAAAAUAAAAUGAAAUUAUUGGGACAAAAGAUGCCUGAAACACAACCUGUCAAACAACCGACCAAAUUAUCCGAAUUAGCAAAAAAAGAAGUCGCAACGAAAAAAGUGAUUGAAAAUGCUUCAAUACCAUCACUGCAAAGCAGUAAUCCGGUACAGAAAAAAGAAGACACUGUAAAAACAUCAAAACCAACUAUGGCUACAAGUUCGCCAGCAAAAUUUGAUGACAACAAAAUCAAUGUGUCACUUAAUUCUAACGUUGAAAAAAAUAAAGAAAUCGAAAUUAUAUGCGAACCAAUUAGCUUAGACACUCAAGUUACUCAGAAAAUAGAACACGUUGAAAUGGAAGUGGAUGUGGUAUCAAAAAGUGAUGAAAAAACGUGUCAACCUGAGAGUGAAACCGAAACAAAAAUUGAAAAUCCCAAAGAAAAUGUAGAAAUAAUGAGAAAUGAACCAGAACAAAAAGAACAAGAGAAAGAAGUCGACCAGAAUGAACCGGAAUUACAAUUUAACCAAAACAAUGAAUGCGAAACGGUCGAAGCCGAUGAGCAACCGUCAUCACCAGAUAAUCUUACAGCACCGAUCAUGAUGAUGGAAGUAAAUGUGACGGACAGUGAAGCAAUUUGUGGCAAAUACGAUUCACCAUUGGACCAUAUGCAAAAUUGUACAAACGCGAAGGAGGAGCUGAGUGUUGCCGAUCGGAAUGCGAUAGUGUGUCCAUACGAUUUGAUGGGGAGAUGUGAGGAUAAACAAUGCGAAUACAAGCAUUUGUCGGUGUAAAUAAACAGAUAAUUUCGAUUAGGAGGUGAAACACUGCGGGAAUUGAGACGAUUUUUUUAUGUACACAAUAUGUCUCUUGCAUGGACACGGAUUUCUAUAAAAGGAAAACAAUACCAUCGAAUUAUACAAGAGAUGCAUGAAUUUAUAAGUACCAUUCAAUUUGGUAUAUCAAACGAGGCGACCAAAAAAGUAAUUUUAUUUAAACAAUGUUUUGCUCGCGAGUUUAAAGACCGCGUCGCAUACAUGUACAGUGCUCAUAGUGUUUGAGCACUGUAAAAUGAAAAUAAAACGGGUAAGUGACAUUCACAUUUCCAAAAUAAAAAACAAAAAAAAAACAAAAAAAAAAAAUAUUUAACCCCA